AUGUACAGCAGCAAUGUCACGGACUUUGUGAUUCUGGGCCUCACCCAAAAGCCUGAGCUCCAAGGAGUUCUUUUCCUCGUGUUUCUCUUCAUCUAUCUCGUGGCUUUUCUUGGCAAUAUGCUCAUUGUCAUCACCAUAAUCUGUAACGCCACCUUGCACACCCCCAUGUACGUUCUCCUGUUGGAGCUGGCUGUCGCGGACAUCAUCUGUACAACAAGCAUCCUGCCGAAGAUGCUGGAGACCCUGCUCGAUUCAGGGCAGACCAUUUCAGACGAAGGCUGCAUGCCCCAGCUCUUCUUCUUCACAUGGUCCCUGGGGGCCGAGAUGGCUCUCUUCACCGCGGCCUAUGACCGCUCUGCAGCUGUCUGUUUCCCUCUUUGCUACAGGGCCAUCAUGAACCACCAUGUGUGGGUGGCCUUGCUUGGCAUUAUCAUGGCUAUUGCAGUGACCAACUCCUGGGCACACACAGGGCUCCCCCUGAGGUUGACCGUCUGUGGGUCAAACACCAUUAACCGCUUCUUCUGCGAGAUACCCCCUUUGCUGGCUCUGUCCUGCAGCCCGGUGGGAAUCAACGAGGUGAUGGUUUGUGUUGCUGAUAUCACCCUGGCCGUAGGGGACUUUGCCGUGACCUGCCUCUCCUACAGAUUUAUCAUUGCUGCCGUCUUCCGCAUCCGCACAGCAGAGGGCAAGAGGAGCUUUUCUACAUGCUCAGCCCACCUGACCGCGGUGUCCCUCUACUACUUCCCUGUGAUCUACACCUAUAUCCGCCCUGCUUCCAGCUACACAUUUGAAAGGGACAAGGUGGUAGCUGCGCUCUGUACUCUUGUGACCCCUGCAUUAAACCCAAUUGUGUACAGUUUCAGGAACAAGGAGAUGCAGACAGGGAUUCAGAAAGUCUUUGCAGUUCUGAAACAUUAA